CAGGGGUGGACUGGUAGCUCAUGGGGCCCUGGGCAAUAGCGGAUCAUGGGGCCCCUGUGUCUUCGCCCACACUCAAACCACACCCAAAACAGCCUAUGAAAGGUACCAGGGGCAUCUCAUGGGGCCCCCUACUGACCCCGGGCUCUCGGGCAAUGCCCGAGUGCUGCAAUGGUCAGUCCGCCCCUGGCACCCCCAUGCAUCUGCCAAACGAACUUGUUUUCAGGCGCCUCAAACUGCAUGGUGCCACAGCAUCAUUCGCUUGAGUGUGGCACAUUUUUGGACGUCAGGGACCUCUCUUUCAUUUUUCUUGUGCAUGGGGUAGCCCAAUGAAAUGAAUGGGCUGCCCUUCACGCA